AAUAAAUCGUCUACGCUAUUUGUAAAAUUGGCGAUAACGAACAUUAUCAUAUGCCCUCAUGACAUCGCAAACUGGAAUUUAACAAUUAUUCCUGAUGUAAACACAACAAUCACCGACAGUGAUACUUGGGAUUCGAACGGUGUCGGUCUAUGUGACUCGAAAUACAUUGUGAAAGAUGAAUGUCAUAUGGAUUUUGGCAGUACUCACCACGGCAUAUGCUUUAGAUCAGACAGAAAUCUUACAAAAUAUAAGAAGAAUUACCAAGAAUCUGCUGACAUCGCCAUAUGACGAUGACGACACUACCCUGAACGAAAUUCGCUUUAUAUCAAACAAGACAUUAAAAAACGAAAUUAUUUGCAAAUCAUGUGAUAUAAUUAUGGACCAUAUAAUAAGCUACAGGCGAGCCGGAGCAAACAAAGGUUCUAUGAAAAAAUGCCUGAAAAAUUUAUGCGUCAAAUAUACAGAUUGGGGACUCAUAGCUUGCGAUGGAUACGUUGAAAUAGAAAUAGAUACAAUUUUGUUUAUAAUUGACAACAAGCGAAACUUAACGCCAGCAAGGAUUUGCGCGAUUCACCUGCAAACGAACAAAUGCGUCGAUCCAGAUGCUGACAAAUGGACAAUCAAUAUUCCACCAAUAAGUGACACUAUCGACGAUGAUGAAGUAACACACGUUAAUGAAUCAGAAGCUGAAGCUAGUGCACUUAAAAUCCUCCAUCUGACCGAUAUCCAUUACGAUCCUGACUACAAUCCGGGAAGUAACGCAGUAUGCGAUGAACCUUUAUGUUGCGUGUCAGGUACUCCGAACUCGACUGAAAACGCGGCAGGAUUUUGGGGAGAUUACCAUGUUUGCGAUAUGCCCUGGCAUUCUAUUUUGGAUUUAACGCACCGCAUUAGAAAUGAGAAAUAUGAUUUAGUGUACUUUACUGGAGAUAUAAUUAGUCAUCGAUCCUGGGUGACGAGCAAAGAAAAAAACACAGAAUCAAUCAAACUGAUUUAUAAAUUAUUCAACACAACUUUUCCAAACACCAAGGUGUAUCCAAUCCUUGGUAAUCAUGAGCCCCAUCCCACUGAUUUCUAUUCACCGGAAAGUCUCUCUCGUACAAAAAUAUCUACACAAUGGGUUUUCGAUUUGGUGGCUGAAGAAUGGGCUCACUGGUUGCCUAUUGAUACUAAACUAACGUUGCAACACGGAGGAUUUUAUACAGUUUUGGUCAAACCAGGAUUUAGAAUAAUAGGGAUAAAUAGCAACGUUUGUUUCAUUAGUAACUUGUGGUUAAUGUAUGAUGAUAGAGAUCCUAAUGAUCAGCUUCAAUGGCUAGUAAAUACAUUAUUGGUGGCAGAGAAAAAUAAGGAAAAAGUACAUCUUCUUUCACAUAUUCCUCCUGGUGAAUUGAACUGUCAUAUACAAUGGAGCAAUCAAUUUAAAAGAGUAAUUCAAAGAUUUUCAAGAACAAUUUCAGCUCAGUUUAAUGGUCAUACUCAUUUUGACGAAAUUCGAAUUUUUUAUGAUGAAACAAAAAAAGAUAAAGUGACAAACGUUGCUUUUAAUGGAGGAAGUUUUACAACGUUUGUUGGACUUAAUCCCAAUUACAGAGUCUAUUCAGUUAAUAAGGACAACCUAAGAGUAUUAGAUUAUGAUGAAUACACAUACAAUUUAACCGAGGCUAAUUUGUCAAGAAACACAGAACCGAGGUGGUUUAAAUUAUAUUCCUUUAAACAGGCGUAUGGUUUGAAUAGUAUGGACUAUAAUAGUAUGAACACGUUCGUUGAUAUAUUAAGAAGAAAUAUGGCCUCCUUAAAGGAAUAUUACAAGAAUUAUAUUCGAGAUAGUGAUGGGAUGGAAGAAUGUGAGGAGGAAUGUCUGAAAAAGGUAUUUUGCAGCAUCACUGCUGUUGAAACAAAAGAUGCAAUUGACUGCUGAAGAAUUUUAAAAUUUUGUCCUAUUGAUGUUAUUUAAUGUGUUUAAUGUAAUAAAUAAAUUUAGUUUAUUGAAA